CCUGCUCUGGGGGACCAGAAGUAAAGCGCCUGCUCCAGCCCCCCUCCUCUGGUCCCAUGGCCACGGCACACAGUCCUGCAGAGACCCUAAGCCCUGCCGCUAAGGGAAGGGACCCUGAAGGGAGCUAGGCCCCAGCGUCUUCACUCCCACCCGUGCCCUAGGGAGGUGGGCAGCACGCGGGAUGGGUCAGACCACCCCCAUCCCAUUCCUGGGAGGGGCGGGGAUACCCGGGAGGCCUCGGGAGGCCUCGUCUAAAAGCUCAGCUGGGGCCCAGGGACUGGAGACCAGGUCUGCCUCUGCCCCGCAGGGCUGCCAGCACCCAGCUCGAAGGCGGAGAGGGCCUGGCAGGAGCAGAGGCUUGGGGGACCCGCCCACGGAGUGAGGUCCCCAGUGCGCGGCACACACGCAGACCGCCACCGGGGGAGGCAGGAAGACGGGCGGGGCCGGGCUGUAUUGUUGCCGCGCGGUUUUGGCCGGGAGGGGGAGGGUCUUAUUCUCCCUCCCCCGGGGCGGCUCCACCCGCCCGGCUGGCCCAGCCCCUCCACUGGUGCCAAGGAAUGUGCCUGGGAGGGGCGGGCGGGGCAGCGGAGCCGCGGCCGCCUGGAGGCAGCGCACAGGUCUGGAACUGAGAGGUCACAGUGUGGAGGUGCCGGGCCACCAUGCUCAGUCUCAAGCUGCCCCAGCUCCUUCGAGUCCACCAGGUCCCUCGGGUGUUCUGGGAAGACGGCAUCAUGUCUGGCUACCGCCGCCCCACCAGCUCAGCCCGGGACUGUGUCCUCAGCUCCUUCCAGAUGACCAACGAGACGGUCAACAUCUGGACUCACUUCCUGCCCACCUGGUACUUCGUGUGGCGCCUACUGGCGCUGGCGGGGGGCCCGGGCUUCCGGGCGGAGCCGUACCACCGGCCGCUGCUCGUCUUCCUGCUGCCCGCCUGCCUCUACCCCUUCGCGUCGUGCUGCGCGCACACCUUCAGCUCCAUGUCGCCCCGCGCGCGCCACAUCUGCUACUUCCUGGACUACGGCGCGCUCAGCCUCUACAGCCUGGGCUGUGCCUUCCCCUAUGCCGCCUACUCCAUGCCGGCCUCCUGGCUGCACAGCCGCCUGCGCCAGCUCUUUGUGCCUGCUGCCGCACUCAAUUCCUUCCUGUGCACCGGCCUCUCCUGCUACUCCCGGUUCCCGGAGCUAGAAAGCCCAGGGUUCAGUAAAAUCCUCCGCACGACUGCCUUCGCCUAUCCCUUCCUGUUCGACAACCUCCCCCUCUUCUACCGGCUUGGACUGUGCUGGGACAGGGGCCCCAGCUGCGGGCAGGAGGCGCUGAGCGCCAACCACCGCUACCACCUCCUCUGUGCGCUGCUCACUGGCUUCCUCUUCGCCUCCCACCUGCCCGAGCGGCUGGCCCCAGGACGCUUUGACUACAUUGGCCACAGCCACCAGCUCUUCCACAUCUGUGCCGUGCUGGGCACCCACUUCCAGCUGGAGGCAGUGCUGGCUGACAUGGGAUCUCGCCGAGCCUGGCUGGCCACGCAGGAACCCCCCCUGGGCCUGGCGGGCACGGUGGCCACGCUGGGCCUGGCGGCGGCCGGAAACCUCCUCAUCAUUGCUGCCUUCACAAGCUCCCUGUCUCGGGCCCCCAGCACCUGCCCUCUGCUGCAGGGCAGCCCCCUGGAGGGGGGCAUGAAGGCCAGACAGCAGUGAGGCCCUAUCUCUGAGCCCGCCCUGGGGGAAGGCAGAGGCCAGGCCCCGGUGCUGGGGAGGAGCCCCAACCCGGGUCUGACGGAGGUGGGGCACGUCGGAGCCUGGAGCCAGGAGUGGCUGCGGAGAGAGUGCCGAGGAGAG